AUGGCGUACUACCGCAAGAACUCACUUCGCAGCAUCCAACAGCUCUUCAUCCGCAUUCUUAUCCUUCUCUUCUUACAUCCACCGCAGCGCAAUAUACUCUUCUACCUCAUCAAGGAGUCUCAGAUGCAUCCGUAUCCUCUGUCUUUUAGGAGGAAGCGACGUAUAAGCGCGCCUUUCGUCGAGUCUCGCAAGAAAUGCGCGGUAUGCCUGCGGGAAACAAUCAAGAUCAUCGACGACGACACCCAGAACAACUAA